UUUUUUGACAUUUCAGCUAGGGAGAAGGCUAUUGUUAUUAAUCUGGAGUUCAUAAAGGCUAUUGUGACUGCUGAAGAAGUGCUGCUCUUGGAUCCCCUGUGUCAGGAAGUUCUCCCUUUUGUGGAACAUCUGAGACAACAAAUUCGUCUGAACUCUCCAUCAAAAGUUCACGGGCAUGUCCAUGAUGAUGUUCAGGGUAAAAAAAUGUUAUCAACUGAAGGACAAUGGCUGCACAAUGAGAAAGGUGAAGAUGAAGAGGAGCUUCCAUUUGAGUUUCAGGUGCUAGAGGUUGCGUUGGAAUUUGUAUGCACCUAUCUAGAUUCAAGUGUGUCUGAUCUAGAAAGAAAUGCAUAUCCUGUAUUGGAUGACUUGGCUAUGAAUGUCAGCACCAAGAACUUGGAACGCGUUCGCAGCUUAAAAAGCAACCUAACUCGCAUUCUUGCUCGUGUUCAAAAGGUUAGGGAUGAAAUUGAGCACCUCUUGGAUGAUAAUGAAGAUAUGGCGCAAUUGUAUUUGACAAGAAAGCAGAUCCAGAACCAACAAUUUGAAGCUUUGAUGGCUUCUGCAACUUCAAACAGCAUAGUUCUUGCACCAAACCUUACAAGGCUAAAUUCUAAUGUUAGAGGCAGUGCAAGCUUUGCUAGUUUCCCUUCAGAUGAUAAUAAUGUGGAGGAUUUGGAAAUGUUGUUGGAGGCUUAUUUCAUGCAAUUGGAGGGGACCCGAAAUAAAAUACUUUCGGUUAGGGAAUACAUCGAUGACACAGAAGACUAUGUGAACAUUCAACUCGACAGUCAUCGAAAUGAACUGAUUCAGCUCCAGCUGGUACUGGGCAUCGCAUCGUUUGCGAUCGCAAUAAACACAUUAGUAGCUGGGCUUUUUGCGAUGAACAUUCCAUGUGAUUUGUUUCAAGUCCCACACAUCUUCACACCCUUUGUAGCAGGAACAUCAGCAGGCUCUUUCCUCAUCUUCUUGCUUGUGCUGGCUUAUGCUAGAUGGAAGAAGCUGCUUGGUUCCUGAGAUAUCCUUGUACUCUUUUUUGCUUCCAGUGGCUUAAACCAAGAUCCUUUUUUACUUGUUCUCACAACUAAAAUACAAAGAAUCUGGAAUACUAAGCUGCUUGGUGAUCAAAUCUUUUCAGAACUGGGAAGAGUAUUCAUUAUCAGGCAAAGGCUGGGUGGUAAAUAAGCCUUUUUUUCAAGUAACUCUUGCUUUAAUUUUUAGUUUCUUAUUAUAGAUUCUGAAUAAGAUUUAGUUUACAUCAGCAGCAAGAUGCGAAAUUGCAAUGUAUUUUAUUCAUGAAUAAAUUUGUCUGCCAGAAGUUGCUUUU